CGUUUUCAGCCUGCCACAUCCAGUAAACCACCUGAGAAAAAAGAUUCGUCCAGUAAAAAGGAAGCUAGCAGCAGUGGACGUACUAGUGCUGCUGGUAAUAAACGCAAGUCUGAAGAGAAAACUUCAGGUAGCAAGAAAAAACGACGUGACUCAUUAAAAUCAGAAACUGACAAUGAUUCAGUAUCCGACAUUUCCUCGCGUACCUCUGAGCGCACUGGUUUUGAUAGAGGCUUAGAGGCAGAGAAAAUACUUGGCGCCUCUGAUUCGAGCGGUGGCUUGACUU